UUUAAAUGAAUGAGGAACUUUUGAGAUUUUCUCAAAAUGAAUCGAACUGUUUGUAUUCGAUGCUUGUCGAUGUUGAUGAAAGAAAACUCAGGUUUUCCUUUGACAAAGUUAAUACUUCCGAUUAACUCAAGUAAAGAGAAUGUUGGCUUAAAUUUUCUUUUGACAAAUAGACCGUUUAGGUCUCUAUGUGGAAGUGGUCAUUUUCGCAGUCUGCAUAAUUUAAAUUUAUAUGAUAAGAUGUCAGCACGUGAAUUUAUUUGUAGACUGCCUCCCCACGAGAGAAAACUACUGAUUAAAGAAGUGCUAGUAUUAGAAGAAGAACGAGUACUGAUAGAAGGGCCAGAUCCACCAGUGUCUCCUACUUCAGCACAAUUGAAAAUGGUUGCUAUACAUAGUGCAAUACCGUUUAUUGGAUUUGGAUUCCUCGACAACCUACUGAUGAUCGUAGCUGGAGAAUAUAUUGAUGCUUAUUUGGGAGUAGCAUUGGGGAUAACUACCAUGGCAGCGGCUGGACUAGGCAACCUGAUCUCGGAUGUGGCAGGAAUAGGGUCUGCAUCAUAUGUUGAAAACAUCGCAGCACGGGCGGGUGUAAGAGCCCCUCCUCUGACACCACAACAGUUCACCAUGAAGAAAACUCAGAGAUACUCGACUCUUGGAAAAGCAGUGGGAGUGGCCCUGGGUUGUUUCCUGGGAAUGUUUCCUCUACUCUUCUUUCACAGUAAAGAAGAGGAUGAAACAGAGAAAAAAGGGAUGAAGAAGAAGUGAAUGUGUUGUUGUUCCAUAUGUUUUGGACAUGACUAUUAAAUGUGACCAUGAAUGUAUAUUUGUGUGUCCAUCCACUGUAAUACUAUUUAGAUCAAAUUUUAUAUUGUAUACAAUAUAAGCUGUCAAAUUUAGUCAAGUCGAGUAAACCGUGUUUUUGUGAAAAUAUUUAUUUUAAGAUGACCUUUAAGCUGAGUUUAAAAAUGAGAUAAGUAACUGUUUAUGGUGUGUUUGCACUGUUUCAUUUGUGGUAUGUAGACAUUAUUACUUGAGCGUUAGUGUUGUUUGGAAUUUUUAAAAUGCAUUUGUGAAAUUAUUUAUUCCUGGAAAGAGUUUCAUGCUUUUUGUACAGCAUACGUGUGGCUGUGAUUAUUUAUUAUUAGAAAUGGAGGUGCCCAAAAAGAUCCAAUAGUGGCUGUUAACAUUUAAAAGACCUCAAAAUUGAUGUGGCUUGUUGACAUUAUAUUAAGAAGUAAUAGUUUUCUGACAAUCUGGUUAAAAAUAGUAAAACUGUUUAAAAGGCCUUAAAAUCUUGUCAUUAUCAGUUUGUGGACAUCAUAUAAAUUAAAGAAUUAAUAGGUUUCUGACAGUCUGGUUACAAUUGUGUUAUGUAAAAAUUGUUGUUGUUUUUUUGGUGAAUUUAUUGAUGUAUAACGGUCACAAACUGUAUAGAAUCACGUAGUGUUUCGAAGCGAUUUUAUACUAAAUUUGUGACCUGUUUUACCUAAUGACCUCCCAUUUGACAUAAUGAUGUUAUCUUUUGAAUUUUAUCGAAGGAUAAGUUCAUCAUAACAUUCAUUUUUAAGUGGUAUAGUCAGGAUAGAGUAAAUCGUAUAAUGCAGGGGUGGGAAUUUUCCUCGGAUCAGCUGUUUUCCUCUCAUGGAACAUUGCAUUUCCUCGCAUUUUAAUCAUCCUUUCCUCAAAAAUAUGUCAGAUAGCACAGAUUUUAACCUAGGAUUUCAGGAAUUUCCGGGCCCCCUCUAGAUUUCCUCUUUUUUACAGUUCACCAAUUUCCACCCCUGAUAAUGAUUGUCAGCUGAUUAUGUUAUAGUUGUAUGUAUAUAAUGGAACUGGAGUUUGAGAUGUAUCAAUUAGAAACUAUGUGAGACUGUCAGCUGAUGAUGUUAUAGUGACAUGUAAACUUGUUUCAUGUGCAGUAAUACAAUUACAGUGUCAGUAAAUUUGAACCAUAUGACUUGUAGCAUACAACAGUUAUGUUAUGAGAUUGCAGGUGUUGUGAGUUAUGUGGGAGUCAAAAUGGUUAGAACAUGUGACCAAACAAUAGCUCUUGGACAAACCACAGCUGGGUAUUAUAUAUAUAUAUAUACGGUUAAUUUCGUUGUUGAUUAUAUGAGUCUGUCUUGGACAGAUCUUUCUGCGGAACUUGGAGGGUAUGCUUGAACCUUUGUAAGUAUUUGCAAAAUGAAUGGUUGAUUGAUUGUUUGACUCAGGGUUAGUAGAGGACAUGGUAAAGCCCAUGCCCUAUAACACAGUCUGUCUACAAUCGAUCCCCAUCAUUGGGCUAUUUCUCAUUCCAACCAGUGCACAACGACUGGUAUAUCAAAGGCCAUGGUAUGUGCUAUCCUGUCCUUGCUACUAGUGAAAAAAAUGUAGCGGGUUUCCUUUCUGAGACUAUGUUAAAAUUACCAAAUGUUUGACAUUCAAUAGCUGAUGUUUAAUAAAUCAAUGUGCUCUAGUGGUGGUGUUUAACAAAGCAAACUUUAAACUUUAAACAAUGUUAGCAGCUAUGUGGUAGCUUCUCCAAGUGUCACAACUACCUUAUAGACCGGACAUGAUAGUUCCAUUAGGCCACAUACAAAAAAGAAGACUUGUUUAGCAUCCCCGCCCGACCUGAGAAAUGCCCCUGACUUCCAGAUAUUUGAAAAAAACAACAACCCAAACACUGCAAAUAGUGUAAAAGCUCAAAACACCGUUUUCCUGCCUAAUAUAGUUGUUGGACAAUCACCGACGAACUUCAUUAUGACGUCAAUUUUUUAUCUGACAAAGGAUGUACCAUUUGUGCCUGCUCAUUAACAUCGACGCCAUUUGUUUUGUUUUCUGUUCAAUCAUCAUGUAAAUAUAACAAUCUUGCAAUGGAGUGAGUGAACAGAAGGUUAAAACAUGCCUUUGUCUGUCUUAUAAAUAUCGGUAACAAUUUGUUAGAUGUUUUCUUCCUGCAGUCCGCCAUUCUACAUACAAAAUAACAAAUAAAAAUAAAAACCUUCCUCCCUACCUGGAAAAAUUGAAAUGGGUGAAUGCUAAACAAGUUUUUGUUUGUUUUUUGUAACCUUAGUUUGGCUUAAUACACAAUAAAUAUAGCAAGUCAUGCUUUUAAUAUGUUACAUUUGAAUGAUGGAACUAACUUUUUGUUUCCUAUUUUUAAACCUUUUUGGUUUAUCGGCAUUUGUGUAAAAUAUACCGUACCAACAUAUAAACAAUGUUGUUUGCUGAACAUGGAACUUAUUAUUAUUUUGAUAGGGGUGUGAAGCUACCACAAAGGUGCAUUGGAUGUCAUGUUUAAAUAUUAUAUUGCUAACUAACUAAACAAUGUGCUGAGGUGUUCGGAAACCAAACAUUCCUUAUAAUUCCUCUUGGACCAAAACCGAUACAUGUAGCUUGUUCCAAAAGCCCUAUUACACCGUGUACAGUGAUAAAUCGUAACACACACCUUCAUAUAAAAACCAAAGAAAAAGACAGACUAAAUGUCAUGAUGUAUAUGCAAAACCAAGUAUUAAUGUUUGUAUAGGCAAAACCAAGUAUUAAUGUUUGUAUAGGCAAAACAUGGCAACUGAAAUGUUUGAAGAUCAGAGAUCUGUGUAAGAGGGUAAAAAAAAAACUUAAGUUUUUUAAGAAAAAAGCACAUGUUGCCAUCUUUUGGGUGCUAUUUAUUUGCAUAGUAUAUUUUUAAUAGGUUUUCGGUUGUUUAUUUAUGGUUAGCGUCAUAACAUAUACUAGACUAGUAAUCUAUAUACAUGUAUUGUACUUAUUAUUGUGGAUAUAUCAAAUAUUUAUUUGUCCGUUGUUGACUAAAUUAAUUAUAUGUGUUUUGUAUAUGGUGCAAAACUGGUAACUAUUAUAGUAAUGUGUGUUUCAUUUUGUUUGUCUGUGCUUGUGAAACUGUUGGGUAACUGGAUAUCAGGACUGCCAACAAUUUUGUAGGAUGGUUAUGUUUUGUAGUAUAUAUUUAGACCAUUUGAAUUCAGUUAGCUGUUAUUGUUAUUUCUUUUUAUCUUUUUGUUUAGCGGGUCCUUGAAAUAGCAUUUAUAAAAUAGCAUUUAUAAAAUUGCAUUAUAUAAUAACAUUAUCAUCUGUUUUUAUGUAUUUUUACAUAAACUGGUGAAAUCCAGAUUUGGUGCCAUGUAAUCGGAACAACUAAUGACAUUGGAUGACCUCUUUAUUUGUGAUCACAAAUUACCAAUCAUUGUGGUUGAUGUCAGGGAAUUGCACUAGCAUAUAUACUUUAAUUCAAUGAAACUCUUUUGCUAACAAAGUUGAAAUCAGCAAUCACUGAAACUUAAUUGAACAAGCAAGUGUUCAAUUUAUGAAUCUACUUUUAAAUGUGUUGUUAGUAAGGGAACAUUUUGUUUUCAAUAGAAAAUUUGAUUAGCAAGUAUUGUUUAAAUUUUUAAAAUUGUGUAGUGAUCUCUGAAACAUGCUUAGUAACUCGAUACUGAACAAAAUGUUCCGUGUUAGUUAUUUCUAAUUGACAUUGAUGUAUAUUAUUUUGUUAGUACUGUGGUGACAUCUAUUUCCUGAGUUGUGUACACGUCUUAAGUGAGGAAUAUGGAUGUGAAUGUAUAUGUAAUUGUCCGCGUUCAUGAACUGGGAGACCAAGUAAUCACACUAUGUUUGGAAUUUUGGUUCCAGUUUUAUUUGAAGCCCCAAUCUCACCUCCACAAGAUAUUUUAGUCUUCUUAUUGUAAUUUUAAAGGGACAUGCCCUGGUUUUUAAACACUAAGGCAUAUUUUUGACUAUUGUAGCCGUUUUUGAUAACGGACAUCAUACUUUACUUAGAUUUUAUGGUUUAGAUUAUCAA